AUGGCAUCUCCAGGCGAAAACAACAUCUUAAUUCUUCUAGCAACAAUGCAACCAAGCCUAGACCCAACAACCUACGUCUUCCUCACAACCAAAUCACCCCUUCACUCACUACCCCUCUCGACACUCCAACCGCAACUAAUCGUGCAAGAAGAAGAGGGCACAACAAUCGUGACAACGGAAAUGCUCGCCACAUCGCAUGGCUUCAACGAGCCAACCUUCCCCUGCAAGAAGAUCUCUCUUACUAUCCACUCCAGCCUGGAAGCGGUCGGCUUGAUCGCUGCCAUUACUAACCGGCUGAAGGACCACGGUAUCAGUACCAAUGUCGUCAGUGGGUAUUUCCAUGAUCAUAUCUACGUACCCGUUGCGAGAGCGGAGGAUGCCAUGCUGCUUUUGGAGGAAGUGGCUGCUGAGGCGAGGGGAUGA